GUAGCUGCAGUUGGGGCCAUGGCCCGCAUCAUCGACCUGGUGCCCUGGGACGACGGCUCCACGCACGUGUACGCGUCCCCCGCCAUCCUGCUGCCGGUGGAGCGGCGGCGCAACGCGCUGGCCGGGGUGAAGCAGCAGCUCUACCACCCCGCCCUGCCCAGCCUGCGCCGCAUGGACAUGGACUCGGUCAAGGCCUGCCUUUCCGACGAGCACUGUCGGUGCUCCACCUACUGCCGCAGAGAUGACUUUGACAAUGCCUACUUCACACUUUUGGGUGUCCCCAACAAACCCCUGCAGUGCUUGGACGUCACGGCGACCGGCCAGAGACUCCGCAACAGGUGCCGCGAGGGAAAGCUGGUACCCAUCGUGCCGGGCAUCAAGCGGGUCGACUGGCCCUGCUUCACGCGCGCCAUUGAGGACUGGUCCCGCUUCGUAUCCUCCGCCGGCGAGUUCAAGCUGCCCUGCCCGAGCAAGAGGGUUGAGAGUUUCAGUGGAUAUGCUGUGCGGUACUUGAAGCCGGAGGUGACUCAGAAUUGGCGGUACUGUCUCAACCAGAACCCCAGCCUGGACCGCUAUGGACAGAAGCCCCUGCCUUUCGACUCCUUGAAUGCUUUCCGACGCUUUGGUUCAAUCUACAGUCGUGUCAACUACCUGACCCCCUGGCAUUAA